AUGGAAGGUGGCCCCGGAGAGAGCCCGUGGCUCGCCAGCGGCGUGCCGCCGCGGCCCACGCUGCUGUCUCCCGCGACAUCCCUUUCGUCGGACGGCCGCAGGGCGUCGAUUCCGAUCGAGGGCCUGCCGCGCGUGCAAUCGGUGAACUACGAGGAGGAACUGGACCUGGCGCUGGCGAUCUCGGCCUCUGAAGCGGAGGUGGAGGCCGAGAAUGGGAAGGGGGCCGGGGUGGGCCGGGGGGCCGACGGGCAAGACAUGCGGAGGAGGCAGGAGGCCGAAGACAGGGACUUCGCGAUGGCCCUGCAGCUGCAAUCGGAAGAGGAGAUGAAUCGAAGGCCCGCAGCCACUCCCAGUGGGCCAAGAGGGCCGGCGCCGGGAGGGCCCGGCGGUGACCGCCGCGGCGAGCCCGCGAGGAGCGACGCGGACCAGCCGACGACGAGCUCGCCCGACGAGCUUCUGGACGCGCAUCGCUGCGCGGGCUGCGACAAGUGGCUGAGGUUCCACAACUGGACGUCCGCCCUCGGCAAGAAGUGGCAUCCGGAUUGUUUCAGGUGUCCAGGAUGUCGCAAGCCCAUUCAGAGCAUGUACACUCCCAAGGAUGGAGAACCGUAUCACCCAGAGUGCCACAGGGCUCUCUUUCACGAGCGCUGCAUGGUGUGUGAUGAACACUUGCCGAUGGUCGGAAACAGGAUCUCGUGGUCAGAACACCCAUUCUGGCGAUACAAGUACUGCGGGAAGCACAAUACAGAUGGCACGCCUCGGUGCACAGCAUGCGAGUGCCUGAAGCGUCACGGUGAGAAAUGGGCACCGUUGGAGGACGGCCGCCAGCUGUGCUCAUCUUGUCAGGAAACCGUGGUGGUGGACACAGAGGACUGCCAGCCACUGUACACAGAGAUUCUGCAAAUGUACAGGGACCUGGACCUGCAUCUGCCCUCAAGGCCGCCACUCAUGCUGGUGUUUCAGCAGGCUUUGAAUGAAUGUGAUGCCCUUGAAGGCCACCACCAAGGGUCUCAAACCAGGGGCAUGACUCUCGCCGAGGAGUACAGGUCCAUCCGAACAGUCAGGCGUAGCUCUGGGUGGGCGGUGCGGUCGGAGAUGGUCCCUGUUGAGCGCCACCACUGCAGUGUGACUGCCAUCCUCGUGCUGUACGGCUUGCCGCGCCUGCUCAUCGGCUCCAUCCUUGCCCACGAGGUGAUGCACGCCUACCUGAAGCUCAACAACAUCACCCGGCUGAGCCAAGACGUGGAGGAGGGGCUCUGCCAACUCAUGGCGCUCAUCUGGCUCGAGCGACAGAAUCCACAGGAUGCCUACGAGACACGGCUGAGCAGCUUCACUGCCCACCAGAUCCGAACCAACCCGACGCUUGUGUAUGGCGAUGGGUUCCGCGCAGCCCAUGCGGCGUUCCAGUGCUAUGGGCUGAAGGCCGUCGUGGACCACGUUCGAGAAACGCAUCAGCUUCCAGUUCCGAACGGCUUCAAGUAA